UCAUUAGAACGGAGGCCUUUGUCCUGUCGUGGCCUAUAAAAGUGAGCGCCAUGCGGUUUUAACUGCUUAGACACACUCGAAACAAUGGCCCACAACGUCAAGUGGAUGUCGAAGAGAAGCGCUUCGGGGAGCAGCAGACAGCGACUGCUGCAGCGCUGGAGAAGCCAUCCCCUAAAGCUGGCCAUCGUCAACACCUUCUGGGAGUAUACGGAGCGCACCAAGGUGAGCGGCAUGUGGCUGCUGCGACGCAAUCGCACCCAGGGACUCUCCAGAUUCAUUUGGUCAUCGGUGUUGGUGAAGCUGCUGCUGCUGAGCAUUUAUUUGACGCUGCUGCUCUGGCUCAAGUUCUACUCGUAUCCCAUACUAAACACCAUCUCAAAUGAUCUGCCCAUCACUGAUGUGGCCUUUCCAGGUGUCACCAUCUGCAGUCCCAAGGCAGUUAACACGGAACGCGUCCAUCGCUAUGUUCGAACGCUCAACAUACCCGCUGAAUAUGAUGCUGAUGAAGUAGCAGCUGGCUUUGAGUUUCUCAAUGCGUUCACGGAUCAGAGUUAUGUGGCACCUUCGCAUGAGAGCUACAAGGCAACGGAUGCAGUGCUCCGUCUGAAUAAUGUGUCCAUUUGGGAGGCAGCGAUGGCUGUCAGUCCGGGCUGUGCGGAUUUUGUGAAGCGCUGCUUCUGGGGCUAUUCGGAAUUUCAGUGCAACCAAUCGCACGAGUAUCUGUCCUUUAUACCCACAACGGCAUAUCUUGGUCCCUGCUGCUCCUUCAACUACAAUCCGCGCAAUGCCAGCUUCGUCCCCUUCUCUGCCAAUAUUUUUGGCAUGGACGGUGGCUUAACGAUUAUUGGCUCCGAAGGCUCCGAACACAAUCUGAGCACUGGUCUCAUUGUGCUCGUUCAUCAUCCAAUGGAUUAUGUGACAGAGACAUCUGCAUCCGUGACCAUAACUGCAAGAUCCGAGAGCUUUGUCGAAAUAUCGCCCACGGUGCAAAGCUCGUCAAUAGAGGUGCUGGAGCUGUCCGAGAGUAAACGGGACUGCCUCAUAUCAGAUGAUGUGAAUCUGCGCAACUAUCGACAGGCUGCCUGUUUGUUAGCCUGCCAGACGGCGGCGAUUGCCAAACGCUGCGGCUGUCAUCUCUACUUGCUGCCCAUUGUUAGUGGCCACGUCAAGGAAUGCAAUCUAAACGAUACCUUCUGCUACUCGAAAAACUAUGACAAUUUCAAGAGCGUUCGCUGUGACCAAUGCCUUCCAAACUGCUAUGACGUCACAUACUCUACGCUGUCCUACAAAACGGAUCUCAAUUUGCAUCAGUUCUCCGUGACCGGUUUUUACACAUCCGAGAUGCUUAGGAAUGAUAGUUUUGUGCUGCGCGUCUAUUUGGCCAAACAAGUGGUGCCAGUGAUUAGGAAAGUCACUGUCAUGUCCUGGAUUGGACUACUGUCUGAUUUGGGUGGCAUUUUCAAUCUUUGCCUGGGUCUGAGCAUGAUAUCCAUUGUGGAGUUCUUUUACUACUGCGUCUUUCGCUUGCACAAAAACUAUCAACAGCAAAAGCAGCUGCAGCUGAAGCAGGCUUGGAAAUAG